AUACUGUGAGAUUGGUGAGACUUUUAAAUGUUUGAAUAACUGUCAUUUUCCGCUUUGUAUAUGUUUAAUAGUUCAGAAUUUUAUUUAUUGGCCAAAUAAUCUGAUCUAAACGAUAAAAUGGCACACUUUACAUUUGUGAUACCAGCAAAUAAAGAAGAUUUGUUGAGAAGUAAAAUCAAUGACGAAUAUAAGGUUAACAAUGUUUCUUUACAGAAGGACAUUCCUAAAGAAUUAAAAGUUUGCAGACAAUCACUUCGUGAAGAAGGUGCAGAAUAUAUUCUAGACUCAUUUGAUACCUAUUUCUCUGUACUACAUCAUGGCGAUGUACUUUCUCUAGAUCUUAUAUUUAGAUCUUAUGAAGAUUUACAUAAAGGUGUAGUAGAACUGAAUAAAGCUCUAGGCUUUCUUUUAGAUGAUAAAGAAAGUUUAAAUGAAGAGAUGAAACUAAAAUAUCUCAAUAUUCUCAAAAUGUUGAUAUAUUUGUACACUCAAAUGAUUUUACAACUUGAAAAACGAAACGCUGCUAAACGAGAACAACAAAUUUCAGUACCGAAAAGUCGUAAAAAGUCAACAAAAGAGCCCGAAGAGGAAUUUGAAGUAGAUAAAAAAAAUAUUUUAAUAAUUCUAUAUAAUAUUAUCCAAAGAGACAUUAAUAUUUUUUGGGAUUCACAAGUGAUAGAAGAAAGCUUCAUCAAUUUAAUUUCUGCAAUUGCUUACGAAUUUCUACAAAACCCUGCAGUUAAAAAACAAAAUGAAGUGUUGACUGAAAUUUUCAAUUUCUUGGGAUAUCUAUUGACAUCCUAUAAUCAUGGUACAACUUUUAUUAUUCGUAUAACACAACUUCUCAAAUUGCACGAACAUUUAGUUCAGUGUGUUCCAAAAGGUAUUCAACAGUUAGUACAAAAUUUCAGUUCUAAAGGUUUGUUACAUGAAUUGAUCGAAGAAUUAACUGAAUGGCAAACUGAUGAAAAACACCAGGAUGGUCAGGGUGCCAGAAAUUGUGCUACAGUUCUUUCGACAUUAGCAGCACUGAUGCCAGAUCUCAUGAUGCCAGAAGUGGUUUCUCUGAAUAACUAUUUGUAUCAUGAGCCCCCUAGCCUUAGAAUUUCGGUAAUAAUGGUUAUUAUGGAAGUUAUUUUGAAUAAUUUGACCAGCAAUGAUUUGAGUGAUGAACAAAAACAGUUUAGAGAUGAAUUAUUCGAAAUGAUUUUAGAGCAUACUGAAGAUAAUUCUGUUUUAGUGAGAGCUAAAGUGUUUCAACAAUUGGCCAGGCUGCAAAAGGAAAUGGCGAUUCCGUUAAAGUUUCAACUCCAAGUAUUGGAGAAAGCUGUAGAACAUUUGUGCGAUAAAGGGUCUUUGUCAAGGAAGUGUGCAAUUAAUUGUGUUACCACUUUUUUAACAUGUAAUGCGUUUAGUGCGAAUUUAUCUUUAUCAUCAAUAAGAGAAGAAUUGGAGAAACAUAAAAAUUUGUUAAAAACCACCAAAGGAAAGUUUGAGGAUCCUAAAAUGGAGCAGAUAAUGAAACUACAAGCACAGUGGAAUGAUAUUGUCGAACCACUUAAAAAUGUAGUCGAAAAAGAACUAGGAAGAGAUAAAGAAAAUGAAUCCGAACACAAAAAAAUCCCACCAAAUAAAGCUCAACAGGUAAUCAAAAUCUAUCUUGAAGACUCGAAAUUUAAGGAAGCUUUCAACGUGUGCAGAAUGGCUAUCAAAGAUAAUGCAUUCAUUGAAAAAUUCAAGGAAAGGAGCUCCAUAGAAGAUCUCGAUUUCUAUAUGGGGAUAUUUUAUACCAUUUUCUUUAACGUUUCCAAAAUUGUUGGUCAAAUGGAAAACCAAGAAUUUGUCAAAGUAACCGAAGAAGAUUUAAGAAAUAUGGAAAAUUUGUCCUCAAAAAUAGAUUUCUUGAAACAGUGCGUCGAAUUUUUAGAAACCAUCGAUGCGGCCAUAGACGUGUGCGUGGAAUUGCUGGAAACUACGUCUGUAUCCGAUAUGCAGGAAGCUAUUGAAUUUUUCGUAGCUGCAUAUCAAUUUAAUAUUGAUCGAGCGACUGAAGGAAUUUUAGCAAUGUUGCGAGUUAUGCAAAGAACUGAACAAGAACGUAAAGACGCGAUUAUUGGUGCGUUUAAAAAUAUUUAUUUAUUAUCUGAUUCCAAGAAUUUGAGUGAUCAUUGUUCCGUUGUUGUCCAGCGUUUAAUUUGUUUAAUAAAAUCUUUACCGGCAACAAAUCUAGACGAUCUUCAAGAAAUUUUAUCGGAUUGGAUAGCAAAAGGUACUUUAGAUAACAGCGUCAUCGAUAUGUUAUGGCAGAUCGUAACUCAACGUGUCACCACUAAAGUCGAAGACGAAAUAGCAGCCGUUGUUUUGUUGAAGAUGGCAGCGACGGGAAGAAAAACAAUAAUUUCGAAAAAUCUUAAUUUAACAACGAACAUCGCAUUCAACGAAAGGGGAAAAAACAAUCUACAAUUUCUCGCCGUUUGCUGCAGACUUUUAUCAGUAGCCUACGAAAAAGUUGAUGUGAAUAGUCAGAAUUUCAGUUUUAGAAUCAAACCUACUGAAGAUUGUUUUGUUAAUCUAUGUAACAUAUUGAGCAAAAUGUUUUUCAAAUCAUCGCCAUUUUAUCAUGAAGCUUUGUACGCUGGAUUGGAUUUCGUUUAUAAGUUGAGCUCCAAACCGGAAAUAUUUGUCGAACAACUUUUGCAGAACAUCAUUCCAAAAUUUUCAGCGAAAUUAGAAGAAGAUCCCGAUUUAGAAGUACCUCAGUACGCCCUCAUAAGGAUUUGUCAGUUGUGCGGUUGUGUGGCAAUCAAGCAAUUGGAAUAUAUGGACGAUACUGUUUACAAAGAAUUGAAACGACGUCAAAACGUUAGAGAUGAACGAAAAAAACAAAAGAAGAGUCUAACUGAUGUUAAUAAAAUUGGCAAAAGAAAGAAAAAAAUAUCUCUUACUGCUACCAGAGCAUCUGAAGCCUCACUUUCAAAUAUUACAGUUAGUGCAACAGAUGACGAUACCAUCAUGGAAGGUGCUCAAGCUGAAGAUACAGAUGCGGAUUUUAUCCUUAAUAUUCUCGAAAAAAAUAUUGUCACUGGCAACGGAUUUUUAGCGCAAUUGGCUCCAAUAAUAAUACAAAUUUGCGAGCGCCCUGAUAUUUAUGAAACUGAAGAGCUGCAGUUUGCUGGAGUAACAGCAUUAGCUAGGUAUAUGUUAGUAUCAAGUGAAUUUUGCCAGAAACAAAUAAGACUCUUAUUUACAAUUUUUGAAAAAACGAAUUAUCCAGGCAUAAAAGAAAAUAUAUUAAUCCACUUAUCAGACUUACUUACAAGGUUCCCGAAUAUCAUCGAACCUUGGACAGAUAGACUUUUUCAACGCCUUAACGACCCACUUCCUGAAGUACGCCGUUCUUCGUUUUUCAUUAUAUCCAGAUUAAUACUCGGAGAUAUGAUUCGAGCGCAUAGUCAUAUCCCUAAAAUGGCGUUUUGUUUAGCAAACGAAGAUGCAGAUUUGCGAACAAUGUGUAAAACGUUCUUCCUGAAAUUAUCUCACAAAGAAAAUAACUUGUAUAAUGCUCUUCCAGAUAUAUUUUCUCAUUUUAUUGAUACCGGUAUUGAUGAUGAAGGAUUACGAAAUACAAUGAAGAUUUUGCUCGAUAUGGUUGAAAACGCCAAACAUUUAGAAAAUGUGAUCUCUAGAUUCUGUACAAAAUUCCAGCACACUGAAGAUAAACGCCAACAAAGACAUAUUUCGUAUUGUUUGACUUUGAUAAAGUACAAUGACAAAGCACUCCGAAGAUUAAUUGAAGAAUUUCCAACUUAUAAACAUUUAGUAAGUGACGAGGAGAUAUACUCGAAUUUUAAAACCAUUAUACAAAACUGUAGUAAACAGCAAGUCGGAAAAACAGAUUUGAAGCCCAUCGCAACUGAACUUGAAACUCUAAUAAAAUCAGUGUUUGAAUUACGAGAAGACGGUAAUAUGCCUCCACCUCCCGUGCCAAAAUCUGUAAAGAAACGUUCAAGGCCUGUUAAAAAAAUAAAAGAAAAAAGAAAGAAGAAGCAACUUAGUGAUUCUGAUGAUUCGGAUUAAUAUAAAGAAAUCUAUAUUAUAAUAUACAUACCUGAUUUUCAAUGCUAUUAACGAAAUAUAUUCAUAUUUUUUU